ACUAGGGAGAACUAGAUGGCAAAAGGCAAACGCAGGAACGUCACUAACAGAAAUCAAGGCAAUAUGGCAACAUCUGAACCCAAUUCUCCUCUACCAACAUGUCCUGGAUACCCCAUCACACCAGUAAAACAAGAUUUGGAUUUAAAAUCACUGGUCAUGAUGCUGGCUGAGGUCAUGAAAGACGAAACACAAAAAUCUCUUAAAGAAAUACAGGAGAACUUUGGUCAACAGGCUGAGGUCAUGAAAGAGGAAACACAAAAAUCUCUUAAAGAAUUCCAGGAAAACACAAACAUGCAAGUGAAGGAGCUAAGCAAAACCAUCCAGGAUCUAAAAUCAGAAGUAGAAACAACUAAGAAAACUCAAAGGGAGACAACUUUGGAGAUAGAAAGCCUUGGGAAGAAAUCAGGGGACAGAGAUGCAAAUAUCAACAACAGAAUACAAGAGAUAGAAGAAAGAAUCUCAGAUGCUGAAGAUUCCAUAGAAACCAUGGACUCAACAGUUAAAGAAAAUGCAAAAUGCAAAAAGCUUGUAACCCAAAAUAUCCAGGAAAUCCAGGACACAAUGAGAAGACCAAACCUAAGGAUUAUAGGCAUAGAUGAGAGUGAAGAUUUACAACUUAAAGGGCCAGCAAACAUCUUCAAUAAAAUUAUGGAAGAAAACUUCCCUAACCUAAAGAGAGAGAUACCCAUGAAUAUACAAGAAGCCUACAGAACUCCAAACAGACUGGACCAGAACAGAAAUACUUCCCGUCACAUAAUAAUCAAAACACCAAAUGUUCUAAAAAGAAUACUAAAGGCAGUAAGAGAAAAAGGCCAAGUAACAUAUAAAGGAAGACCUAUCAGAAUCACAGCAGACUUUUCACCUGAGACUAUGAAGGCUAGAAAGUCCUGGGCAGAUCUCAUGCAGACUCUAAGAGAACACAAAUGCCAACCAAAACUACUAUAUCCAGCAAAACUCUCAAUCACCAUAGAUGGAGAAACUAAGAUAUUUCAUGACAAAACCAAGUUUACCCAAUAUCUAUCCACAAACCCAGCCCUAAAAAGGAUAAUAGGAGGACAACACCAAUAUAAGGAGGGAAACUUCACCCUGGAAGAUAGUAUUGAGGCCUUGGUUAUUGUUCUAGGGGCACUUGUGGUAACAUUUGUAUCCAUCAAGUCGGACAAGGGGACUAAUUUAUACCCCGUCCGAGAGCUGAAAGCUCUGCAAUUAAGUAGUUCAGACAGCCCUGGAAGCUCAGAGGAUGAAAGCCUCGACCCCGAGGAGGAGGCUGAGCUAGAUGAGGAAGUGGCAAAAUAUGAAGAGGAGAGUUAUCAUCAUUUGCAGGGCAAUAAGAGACACCAAAGACAUUCACAUUAUGGGAUAGCCGCUUCACAGGUGGUCCCUUCGGCACCCCCUCUGUAUGAGGUCCGCCGAGGAUCCUUAUCCCUCCUACCUGAUAAGGUGAGAAGGAAGCUACGCUCGGCCUUCCCUGUUUUUGAAGGCCUAGAGGAUGGGCAGGUAUACACGCCCGUGGAAUAUAAUCAGAUAAAAGAAUUAGCAGAAUCAGUCAGAAAGUAUGGCGUUUGCACCAACUUUACAUUAGCACAAUUGGAUAGGUUGGCAAGAGAUUCUAUGACACCUGCUAAGACCUUUGCCCAUGAGGAUUAUGUUGCCACCCCUGUCUGUGUCUGGCCGCCAUUCAUAUGGAUUGUUAGCAACAAAAGCCGUGUAGAUACUGAAUUGAGCUGUGGAGAAGGGGAUUGUUAUUACACCCUAUGCUGGGAUGCUGAAAAGUUCCCCAUUGCAGUGGUGACCCGAAUGCCACGCUUUGUGCCCGUUCUGAAUUGGACUUCUGAGUUUGAGCAGACGCUUCGCGAAUUAAGGAUGGCCGUGCUUCAGAUCAACUCCACAUGUCUUGCUGUCAUCUUGGAUCUCUUCGGCCGUCUCCUAUUUCAAAGAAUGGGUGGGGGUUGGAUUGUUUGGCAUGGCCGUCUGCUGCGGACUGGUGUUUCUCCUAUGAAUGAAUCCUCAAGUGACUUCAUUGUCAGUAUCUUUCAUCCUAUCUACCUUUCUCUAGCUAAAGAUGAUCCCAAUGACUUUCAAAUACUCUACAAGAAGACUCUAUGGUUCCAGGAUAUUCAAGUGGCCCUGAGUUUCCACAUUGAAAUGAAUGGCAACCUCAUCACCAUGGUAUUCUUCAGUGUGAAAUAA